AUGUACGAUCCGAACACUUCUCAAACUGAAAAAUAAAAACAGGAAGAAUUCUUAAAGCUUAAGAUUUAGGAAGCUUUCAAUUUAUUCGUAAAAGAUAAAAAAGGAAUAGUUGAUAAAAGAGAAAUUCCUUAUAUUAUGAGAUACUUGGGUCAAUUCCCUUCUGAAGCAUAAGUUAGAGAUGCAAUUUUACCUGAAAUCGAAGAAGAUGAACCUAGUGAGUUUAUCAAGUAUAGCAAAUUCGAACCUUAUAUGUUAAAAGUCCUUAAAGAAAGAGAAUAUGAACCUGAUGAUCCCGAAGCAUUGCUUGCUGCAUUUAAGCUUUUAGACUAAGAAGGAAAAGGUUAUAUUGAAAUUGACAUGAUGAAGACAUUCUUAGAAAAAUAAGGUAUUGAAUUCAGAGAACAAGAAACAAAGUCCUUCAUAGAAUUUGCAACCAAUAAAGACCCUAACGCAACUGUAAUUUAUUAUGAAGACUACAUCUCUAGAUUACAAGCAUUCACAGAUAAACAUAUAGAAAGUGUUAUGAAAGGUUAUAAUAAUUUCUAAGUUAAAAAAUGA